AUGGCUGAUCCGGCAAUCACACGAUGUGAGCACACUGUCCCGAACGAAGCGGCGCUAUGCGAUGCCUACGAACUCGAACUUCAAUCAGCAUGCGGGAAGCGCGUCCGGUUUGGAGAGCUAGUCGCGGGGAAAGGGAGCCAUAUCACCACAGUGGUGAUAUUCAUACGCCACUUCUUCUGCAAAUACGACCAAGACUACGUUCGCAAAGUGUCCCAGCAUCUGACUGAAUCUGUGCUCGAGACCCUCCCCAACCCCACCGGCCCAUCACAGUUAAUCAUCAUCGGAUGUGGUGACCCGCGGCGAAUCGUCCCGUACGUGGCUGAAACCAACACUCCGUUUCCGAUCUACACGGACCCGACGGGCAGAAUCUACAAAACUCUGCGGAUGAAGAAAAGCCUCAGCGGCGUUACUCGACCCCCGUCAUACGCAAAAGCAUCGUUCUUUGGAUCUCUGAGACUGGUGUUCAAGGAUAUGCUUCGGAGCGGACUGCGAGUCUUCAACGGAGGCUCUUGGAGACAGAAUGGGGGCGAGUGGGUGUUUCGAGGACGACGGUGUGUCUAUGCACACAGGAUGGAAACUGUCAGCGAUCAUUUGACGGCAGAGCAGCUGAUUGAGGUGCUCGGGCAGGAUGUGCCGCCUGUCAAAGCGUGA